AUGUGUGACACAGUGACAGACGGUGGAGGAUGGACCAUUUUCCAAAGACGUGUUUCUGGGACUGUAGAUUUUUAUCGGAGUUGGGCGGAAUACAAAAAUGGGUUUGGUGAUUUCAGUUCAGGUAAUUUUUACCAGGGUAAUGAGAACAUUUAUCUCUUAACGUCUAAAAACAAAACAGAACUGAGAGUGGAUAUGACCUUCAAUGGACAGAAUUAUUUCGCCAAGUGUUCCAGCUUCAACAUUUCAAGCGAGACAGACGGCUACACGGGAAAUGCUGGGGACGGUUUAUCUGAACACAGCGGUUUUAUGUAUUCUACAUUUGAUCGGGACAAUGACAUAGACCAGGGGUCUCCAAACUUUUCUGUCCGAGGGCCGUAUUAA